AUGUCGGGCCCCCGUCUUACAGCUCCCGCCGCGAAACUGGCUCGCUCCAUCAGCACCACCACCACGCCCGCUGCCAUUUCAUCCUCGGCUACCCUCCUCACAAGCUCAAAGGCCGCUGCGCCCUUGUCCCGCAAGUAUGCCGACCUGCUCAAGGAGCGGAAUACGGACGCUGAUCAUCCCCGCCACCUCUACACCCGUUCCUCCAACCGCCCUCAUCCGCAGCCCCGUAAGCUGCGUCUGAUGCAGACUUUUGCCUCCAGCAGCACCCCGGUUGCCGCCGCCAGCACGAUGAGCAUCGACAACAUGAUCUUCCCGGGAUCGGCCGCCCUCGAGGGCGCCGCCGUCGACCCCUUCGGCCACCUGCGCAUGCCGCUGCUGCCGGACAGCUUCACAACUCAAAACAGCCGCGAGGUGGCCGACGGGCCUAUCGCCGCCGGCGAGAUCAGCAUCGUCGCCGCGAACCCCGAGCUCGUGUCGCCCGCCGCACUGACUGAAGUCGAGGGCAUGGGCGUCGACGGCGUCGAGCUCAAGUUCGUGCAUGACGGCGACGCCGCCAUGGCCGAGCAACAGGACCAGGGCAUGUUGACCAAUAUGUUGAAAGGGAUUGAUAACAUGCUCGGUGGUGGUCGGAAUAAGGGCAACCUGGCGCUCUAG